GGGAGGGGGAGUUGUUGUGUGACGUUAAUAUAACGCGCAUUUGCUCCCUAAUCUUUUUCUUCCUUAACUUGAAUCAAUCAAUGAAUCAUUGAAUUCUUCAUUAUUAUUAUUAUAGUUCCCUAAAUCUAUCUUAGGGAACUAAACUCUCUAUGCUUUUCCCUCCCCUUCCUUAAUUCACCCAAAAUCUACCUCAAUUUUUUACCUUCACAAAACAAAAAUCUCACUUCAAAAAACUUAACAUCAACCACAUAGAUAGAUAGAUAGAACGCAAUUAGCAACACCUCUCUUUACCAGAAAAAAUUAAAAAAAAAAAAAAUUAGAAUGAAGAGGUUACAUAGUCUCCAUAAUUUACAAGCUCAAAUCUUUGUGUUAAUCGUUAUUUGUCUCUUCAAUUAUUCAUCCAGUGCCAAGAUCGGAGAAAACUGUGGUUCAUGUGAUCCUGGUCUUACAUGUCAAACAUGUCCUGCAAAUGGAAAUACAAGACCCAGAUGUAGCAGGAUUCAAACUUCAAACCCCAUUAAAAAAGUGAAAGGUUUAGCGUUUAACCGGUAUUCAUGGUUAACGACACAUAACUCAUUUGCUUUGGCUGGAGCAAGAUCAGCCACAGGGUCUAUUGUUAUUGCACCUAUGAAUCAGGAAGACACAAUUGUUGAUCAACUCAAAAACGGUGUUCGAGGAUUUAUGUUGGAUAUGUACGAUUUUAACCACGAUGUAUGGCUGUGUCAUUCUACUCGAGGCCAGUGUUUCAACUUCACUUCAUUCCAACCAGCGUUAACUGCACUUACCAACAUGCGUACAUUUCUAGACGCAAAUCCGUCUGAAAUAAUCACUAUCUUCAUUGAGGAUUAUGUAAAAGCUCCUUCAGGAAUAAGUAAGGUCAUCCAAGCUUCGGGGCUUCACAAGUACAUGUUCCCAGUCUCUCGGCUGCCUAAGAACGGUGAAGAUUGGCCCACUGUCGAUGACAUGAUUCAGAAAAAUCAACGAUUUAUUGCAUUCGGCUCCAAACAGGCCAAGGAAGCAUCUGAAGGCAUUCCUUACACGUGGAAAUACGUCGUAGAAAACCAAUAUGGAGAUGAAGGUAUGCAAGAUGGUGUUUGUCCGAAGCGAGCAGAAUCGCCACCAAUGGACACAAAAACUAGGUCGCUGGUUCUGGUCAACUUUUUUCAUAAUACACCGAAUCGUUCUCAAGCCUGUGCUGACAAUUCGGCUCGAUUACUUAAUAUGUUGAAGACUUGUCAUGAAGCAUCUGGAAACAGAUGGCCAAAUUUCAUAGCUGUUGAUUAUUACCUGAGGAGUGAUGGUGGAGGAGCAGCAGAAGCUGUUGAUACAGCAAACGGUCAUCUCACUUGUGGAUGUGAUAACAUUGCUUAUUGCAAGCCAAAUGGUACUUUUGGUUCAUGUGAUGUCCCUCCAAUUUCUCCACCUCCACCUGCUGCAGAAGCUACACCAACUGGAAACCAGCAAUCCCCCGAUAAGAAUGAUAAGAAAAACAAUGCAUAUAUUGGUAGAACAGCCAACUUGAUGCAAUCUGUUGUGUUAAUUUUAGUUUCCACAACUUUCUUGGCAUGGUUAUAAAAUGCAUGCUACUAGUUAAGCAGUGUUUUUAAUCAUGUGAAAAUGUAUCUUUGUAUGUAUAUGUAUGUAUGUUGUAAACGUCGAAUCAUUUGAUUCCGAGUACUGUAUUUUGUAUGGAAUCUGAGUUAUUUUUCAUUACUCGGCACUUUAUGGUUGUAUUUUGGGAUUUGGAUUCUCUUCAAUUUUUUCUCUCGAA